AUGGCUGUGGACGAUGCGCAGCGACGAGAUUUCCUUAGGAACCACGUCACCUCCGAUCUGCAGUAUGUGUGGGAAGACUCGCAAGUCAGUUUGGACAUGCAAUACAGAAUGGCCCAGCAUUACACUAGCUUGAGGGUUUUCAUUGCGCUGGCAGAAACCGCAGCAGAGUUGAGGACAGCACUGCGGACGGACUUCCAGCUGGACCCAACAGCAGGUGCCGAACAACGUGCUGAAUUGGCACGGGUAGUUAGCUCAUGGCUGACUGGCAGACAAUUGUACGAAAAAGAGACGGAGCUUACAGCAGAGAGUAAAGUCAUGGGUAUGCCUCGGAACCUGCAGCACAGUGAAAGGCUUGCUAUGGUUAAGGCAGUGGAGACAGUGUUAGGGGCCCUUGCAGAGAACGACACACCAUCUGCCGAGUAUCUUGCACUCAAGGUUGAAGAAUGCGAGAAUGGAGAAAUCACAGCCUCGACUUUGGACACGGUAACUUCAAAGGCCCACAAAAAUACGUCUUCUUUGCAGACUUCUUUGGAUCCAGCAGGGCAUGUCAGGGUAGUGAAGAACAAAACGAAAGGGGCUUUACCGGCCAACACAGAGGAGUACAGACAAGCCAUGAAACUGGAAUCCAUCACGUGGAUGUGCAUGUCGGCCAAGUUCAAAUCAAAGAGUUGGUUGUCUGACCUGAGGUUGGAACACUUCACCAAGUUCACUGAGUACAUUUUGGGGGAACGUGUGCGCUCCAUCAAGAUUCCGGUGGAUGGGCAGAACAUGGCGCUGAAGCCGCAAUGGGCCCUGGUUUUACAGUACGAACAUAGGUUAAGGAGAGAAGCUUGCAAGCUGGUGAACCGGGGCGAAGCAACUCUUGCGGAAGCGCUUCAAAGAGUCAUCAAGGAUGCAGACCUCAAGGAAUCCUUUUUCACCACACCGCUCGCCCUCACAGCGGCCGAGACCCCUGCAAAGUUUUCACGGUCCUCCUUUAAGGGAUCUUCAGAUAGCAACUACGAUGCUACAGGGCGCACAAAGGGAAAGGGCAAGAAGAAGUUUCAACCUUGGAAAGGACACGGAAAAGGUCAGAAAGGGCAUUCUAAAGGCAAACAUGGGGAUUUACCCCUGGUGUCGCAGACGCCAGAUGGUCGCGACAUAUGCUUUGCAUUUAACUCACAGGGCUGCAACAACAAGUGUGGGCGAUUGCAUGUCUGCAGAGUCCGUGGUUGUUACGGCGACCAUGCGGCCCGAGAGCACAGCAAAGUGCAAACGGGCGGGGGUAAGAAAGAGGAAGUUGACAUUGAACGGAGCAAUGAGGAUGACCUACUCCAACAAGGUCUUUGGGAAGAGUUGUGGGCUGCUAUUGACCAAGGUGAAUGGGAUGUGCAUCCUGAAGACUUAGGUUUGACCGAAUCCGGCGAAACGCCAGCUAGUGUGUGGCAGUUGGAACAGAUGCAGGCUUUGGUGACUAUGAGAGGCGCUACAACAUUUGCUGUGUAUCAAUGUCAGUUUGGGGCGCAGUCACCAAAGCCCACCAGGUUUAUGACUUCACUGCAGAAAGCCAAAAGUUUUCCUGCACAGGGAUUGCCCAUCUUUGACUCAAAACGUCACUACCUGGGACCAUUGCCUAGGUCUUGCACACACAAGUACCAUGUCAAAAAGUUGAUUGGAAAAGAAGCUGGCAAGUGGCGCACCGCUGAUUCGGCAGCAUAUCCUCCUCCUCUUUGCAAGUGGCUGGCUCAGCUCAUCGUCUCUCGAGUGGGGGAGGCACGCUCUGAGCUGAAUGGCGGCAGAGUUACAGCAAUGGCUGGACAGGCCACAGAGCUUUCAGUGGCACAGGGUCUUGCAGAUGAGCCGGUCUCAGAAAGGAUGCAGGUGAUGGAAACUCAAAAACCUUUGCAGGGUGAGGCACCAACAGAGAAGGUUGAGGCAGUGGUUGUUGAGGAGGUGGCUGACACAGGGGCUCCUAGCAAAAGGAAGCAACAACAACUCCACCGGGGUCAACCACGCUCUUUGGAAUGGGCAGGCAAACAGCGUGCUAUGGUGGACGGAUUUGGACUGUGUUCACCAACGUUGUGGCACCCUUCAGAUAGGAAUGCGUACAUGGUUGACACGGCGCAGGCAUUUUGCAGGCGUCUCUAUGACAUUUUGCAAACUGCAGUUUUGGAGAAAUUUGACGACAUCAGGUUGGAGGCUAUCAAGCUUGGACUGGGCCGGAUAGGAUCAUCGCCCUUUUCUGAUGAGGAGCUCAAGGCGCUGAGGGGGCGUUGGGCAUCCCUAUUGCCCUCAAGGGCCAUGGCUUUGUGCGUACCGGAACGACAGCCUUUCUACCUGGGGCUGAUUGGGCAGACACUGGAGCUCCUGAGCGAUCCUGAUUUUUCCAUUUACAUGGAUGGCAAGGAUUCAUUUUGGAAUGGGGUGCCGGUUGGCUUUGACGAGCCUUUACCCAGGGUGCCAGAGCUCUAUCCCAAGAAAGAGAAGGUCAGGCCGUUAGAUGAUUCUGAGUACAACAACAUGGCAACCAACUACAAGUCCGCCAGAGAGAUGGCAGACGACUUGGAGAAAAAGUUCCGUGAAGAGGAACAGUUAGGGAGGAUGAUCCCGACCACCGUUGGAGAGAUGAAAUCAAAGUUUCCGCAUAGGACUCCUUUGGUUGCAGCAAUGGGCGCUUUGCGAAAGCCUAACGGCGAUGUCCGACCUCUUCAUGACGGGACGCAUUACGUCCAACUGAAUAAUGCAAUCUUGUUCCAGGACCAGCUCGAAUAUCCUGGUCCAGAGCAUGCAGCUGGGAUGGCUGCCCACCGUCUGGUGAAAAUACGGGAGGAAGACUGGCCGCUUUUGGGUUGCAAAGUCAGGUCGGAGGACAAGACAGUUUGGAUUAACACUGUUGGUACGUUUGGUAUUUCCUCUGCUAGCUAUUGGUGGUCACGUCUUUUCUCUGGGGUUGGUCGCGUGGUUGGAUAUGUGUUGAAUCAGCAAGAUUGGCAUCAACUGGUCUAUGUGGACGACCUCCACCUUUCGUGCUUGGGGGCGCGCAAGUUUCUCAACCUCUGGGUUGCAAUCUUGAUGUAUGAGCUGAUGGGAACCCCUUUUGCUUAUGGCAAGUUCACCGGAGGCUUGCAGGUGCAAUUCGUUGGAUACCUGCUUGACUACAAGGAAUGCUUCAUUGGCAUUACCAAGCGCCGUGGUGAUUGGCUGAUUCAGUUCAUUGACGAGUUGGCUCGGUCUAUUUACGCCGCUUCAACGAAUUCUUGGGGCGACUUGGAUUUGUGGCACGGGAGCACGGUGGCGACUGCCCCAAGGCUGGUGCUCCUGGUGCUCCAGUUCUUGAAAGUGCAGCUCACAGAUUGCACCUACCUUCAUUCUUGCGAACGGCCUCAGACUGCAGGGGGAGAAGUUUUUCGCACUGAUGCAAAGUGUGAGGUUAACAGAGUAGUUUUGGGGGGACAUCAUUUGGAAUCUGGCAAAUGGUUUUCGCUGGAGGUGCUGCCCCACCAAGCGCCUUACUUGUUCAAGUCGGAUGGCCAGUCGCAGUGGGCUUCCACGACUGCUGAGCUGCUGGCUGUAUUAAUUGCACUGCACUUGUUUGGCUAUUUGGAAGUGGGGCGGCGCAACAACUUGCCUCCUCUCCACGUGGGCGCCGGCACAGACAAUUUAGCGAACGAACACUUGCUGAAGAAGGGGCUCACGACCAAAUGGCCUCUUUGCUUAGUGUUCAUGCAACUCACUGAAGCACUCAUGAGGGCGCAUGUUCAUGUCAGCCUGGAUUGGCGACCACGAGACGAAAACUGUCUGGCGGAUGCGCUGACCAACGGAGACUUCAGCGCGGUGGACCCGGGCAGCCGCAUCUUUUGCGUCUGGGAGCAAUUUGACUUCUCCUUGUUGCAGCGCCUUUGGGAAGAGCGGGAAAUUUACUUGGACAAGGAGGCGUUGCGUGCCACAAUGCACCACAGGAACCUUGGUGAAUUUGAGAAGUCGGCUUGGUAA